AAAAGAAAUUAGCAGAAUGGAGAGAGAAUGCCCGUCAAGAGAUACCGAUACAUAAGCCCUAAACUGACGCGAGAGAUUGAGAGAGAGAGACUGGAAUCGCCGAACAGCCAAAAAGUUGUCUGCAGGGAUCUGGAAGGAGAGCAUUCGGCCCUGUUGAAGGAAUGCGCAGCCUCAAGAACUCAACUAGUAGAACGAGACAAAACUGUAUACUUGAAAGCUCACCAACGAAAUUCAAAGCCCGAGGAAUGCGUCAUCAAGAUAAGUAGAAAGUAAGAUCGGGGAAAGAGGCUGACAGGUUAUGUCAUCGUCUGCGUCCUCUUCGGACGUGAGAAGCUUUGCGGACCUAAAGCGUCAUAAACCAAACCGGAGCUUAAGAAUCUUGUGGGAAGAUGAAGAGUUACC